AUGAGCUCGGACGCGGUGGAGCAGUCGGAGGCUCCAGCCGAGCAAACAGAACAAAACGGGAUCGACUUCAACCGACAGAUAAAAACUGAGGAGAUCGGCGACUCGCCUCAUUCAGCCGCCUCACUGAAGACAUGUCACCUGACACACAGCUCUCCAGGGCCCGGAGGUCAGCUGUCUGGGGAGCUCACCUCUCUGCACACCAUGCAGCAGCUGGUUCUGAUGCCCCCCUCCCACCUGCCCGCCCCCUCCUCCUUCCUGCUCUCCCAGAGCCCCAGCAGCCACCAAGCCCUUCUGCAGCAGAACCUGCUGUCCCUUCCCUGCCAGAGUCAAACCAGCCUCCUUCAGCAUCAACCCGGACUGGCUCUGACCCCCCAGCCGAUGAGUCGCUCCGGCCUGGGGGGCCCCUCCAUGGAGAGCCACAUGGACAUGUCCCACCUGCAGAUGAAACACAUGUCGGUGCCCCUGCAGGAGGAGCCCAGCGACCUGGAGGAGCUGGAGCAGUUCGCUAAAGCGUUCAAACAAAGACGCAUCAAGCUGGGCUUCACCCAGGGUGACGUGGGCCUCGCCAUGGGAAAACUCUACGGCAACGAUUUCAGUCAGACGACGAUCUCCCGCUUCGAGGCCCUCAACCUCAGCUUCAAAAACAUGUGCAAGCUCAAACCUCUGCUGGAGAAGUGGCUGAGCGACGCAGAGAACUCCCCCCCCGACUCCAUGAGCAACGCCGCCUCCCUGCCGCCGCUGAUUGAGGGCUACGGACGCAAGCGGAAAAAGAGGACGAGCAUCGAGACGAACAUCAAGCAGACGCUGGAGAAGCGUUUCCUCGAUAACCCCAAGCCCAACUCUGAGGAGAUAACGCUGAUCUCGGAGCAGCUGUCCAUGGAGAAGGAGGUGGUCCGGGUUUGGUUCUGUAACCGGCGUCAGAAGGAGAAGAGGAUCUACUGCCCGGUGACUAGUUUAUCAGUCAGGUCGCACAGCUACAACUCCAGAAUGUUCCAGCCUGCAGCGUCCCGACCCUACAGCCCCCCGGCCCCCGGCGGAGUGUCCUCCAGCUCCUCCCCGAACAGCGCGAGCCGGGAACAUUCUCCCAGCGGCCUGUCGGCCGUGUCCCAGGUGAACCCCGCCUCCUACAGCGCGCCGGGGUCGUGGUACCGCACGUGGAACCCUGCGUACCAUCACUGAGAAAACACCACCUCCGUCACAUCCAACCUCUGCUCGUUUGUUGUUGUUGUUGUUUUGUCGUUUUGAGAAGGACGUGAAGAAACGUGUGACGCCCGAGUGACGUAAACUACACACAAAAAAAACAAAAGCUCAGGACGUCCUGCGGCUGUUUGCUCGGCGCUCAGGUGACUCGAUGAGGGAGAAUAAACCGAACAGCACACACCUGACGUUCACCUGACGUGAACCCAGCGGGGAUUCUCGUGCUCGACUCCAACGGACUGAAACAAACGGUUUUGGGUGUUCGGAUCCCCGGUUUCUUUCUGCCAUCUUCGUGCUCGCAGUGGUUGCUGUUAUUGUAUGUUGCGAUGUUCAUUUCAUAGUUAAUGUUGUGGUUUUAUUAAAUGAUGUUACAUACUGAGCCUUCUCAAUAGUUAUGCAGUUAGAAAGAGGCCAUAUUGAACUUUUUUAUUGCUGAUCAGGAAGGUUUUUAAAUUUGGAUAUUUAUUUCUCUAAAUCUGUUUUACUGCAGCUGUGGUUUUUAUUGUUGCAGUUUCGGCAUCACUUGGAUCAGUUAUUAUAACAACAGGGAAGCAGAAACAAGUAGACUUGUAGUAAUCACUGUCCUACAGUGCAGAUGUGGUAGGAAGGUGAGUUAGCUAGAGUAGCACUGUUAGCAUUGCGCAGCCUGAACUAGCAUUAGCUCUUCUAUGCUAUGCUAGCUACGGAGAGAUGUCUUUUGAUGAUUGUACCUCGUAAUAAAGAACUUGACAGGAACAGCGUUCUUCUGAUCUUCAUGGCGAUGUGAUGGAGUAUUUGAAGAUUCGGAUUUUAUCCGUUUAGCCAUUUGUAAAACCGUCAGGUUGUGACGGUGGUCUCCAUGGUAACGGAUUGAUUGUAAAGUCUCACUUUGUAACUUGGACUCACCUGGAGGUUUCUUUACAUCACCUGAGCCGUAACCGGAUCUCAGCAAUUAAGAUGAUGAAAACAAUCAAAACGCAAAAUAUGUAACAAAAAAACCCCAUAAAACUCACUUCAAAGACUCAGAAGGUUUUCAACCAAAUCAUCAGGUGAAAAAAGGUGAGGUCACAGUCUCACAUCCCAUGAGACCAAAACCACCUGAGGAUUCAUACGAUUUUUA